AUGACAAGGGAAGCGGCACCGACAAAUAAAGCGACAACACGUAAAGCAGCAACAAGAGGUGAAGGGACAACCGCACGCAAGUCAACUCGCCAAGCGUCAAUGACAAGUGAAGAGGUAGCAAAAAAUGAUGCGACAACACGCAAAGCAACGAGAAACCAAGUGACAACCGCACGCAAGUCAACGCGCCAAGCGUCAAUGACAAGUGAAGCGGUAGCAACAAAUGAUGCGACAACACGCAAAGCAACAAGAAACCAAGUGACAACGGCGCGCCAGUCAACACGUCAAGCGUCAAUGACAAGUGAGGCGACAACAUAUAAAGCAGCAACAAGAGGUGAAGGGACAACCACACGCAAGUCAACACGUCAAGCGUCAAUGACAAGUGAAGAGGUAGCAACAAAUUAUGCGACAACACGCAAAGCAACAAGAAACCAAGUGACAACGGCGCGCCAGUCAACGCGUCAAGUGGCAAUGACAAGUGAAGCGGUAGCAACAAAUGAUGUGACAACACGCAAAGCAACAAGAAACCAAGUGGCAACGGCGCGCCAGUCAACACGUCAAGCGUCAAUGACAAGUGAGGCGACAACAUAUAAAGCAACAAUGAGAGGCAAAGUGACAGCAGCGCGCAAAUCAACGCGUAAAUCAUCCAUGACAAGUGAAGCGACAACAAGUAACGCAACGACGCGUAAAGCAACAACGAGAGGUGAAGUGACCAUGGCGGGCCAAUCAACAACACGUAAAGCAUCGACAACACGGCUAUCCGGGGGCGAUUAUCACGUGUACGCUAUAAUGGACCUGACGUAUACUCCAGAGCUGGGCGAUCAGAACUCUACGCAGUACCGGAAUCUGAGCGGCGCAGUAGAGAGUCACAUGCUACAACUUAUACGGACCGAGCUGCCCGACUGUAUGGCUACAAAAGUAUCCGCCUUCCGGGAAGGCUCCGUCAUCGCUGACGUUUUGGCGACAUUCCCAAAUAACAACCACACGGAGGAGGAGGUACAGAGCGCGUUCGAUCGGGCCGUCAUUAAUAAUUUCAGUCUGUUGGGAGACGUUAAGGUCCUAUUUACGGACAUAAACACCACUACAGCUCCAACUACAAUCCCAGAUGAUAAACCUGGACGCAUAGCUUCAAGACCAUACCCAUGUUGCCGACCAACCACAGCCAGAUCUUGUUCAAGACCAAGAAUUAGCACACCUGAAUCCAGCACAACAAUUACUCCUAUCACAGAAAAUGUCUGGAUCAGAUCCAGUACAACAGCUGAGCCCAACCCAACUAGUCAACCAGGCACAAAUGGUGGAACAACUGAGCCCAACCCAACUGGUCAGCCCGGCACAAAUGGUGCAACAACUGAGCCCAACCCAACUAGUCAACCAGGCACAAAUGGUGGAACAACUGAGCCCAACCCAACUGGUCAAUCCGGCACAAAUGGUGCAACAACUGAGCCCAACCCAACUGGUCAGCCCGGCACAAAUGGUGGAACAACUGAGCCCAACCCAACUGGUAAACCUGGCACAAAUGGUAGAACAACUGAGCCCAACCCAACUGGUCAGCCCGGCACAAAUGGUGGAACAACUGAGCCCAACCCAACUGGUCAGCCCGGAACAAAUGGAACAGCUCAACCCAAUACAAUUGGUUCUACAGGUAAAGAGACAACAAAGCGCAAAACCUCACAUCAAGCCACAACAAGUGCAGCGACAACAACGGGACUAUACACAACCGAUUAUCAUGUGUAUGUUAGAUUGAACCUGACGUAUACUCCAGAGCUGGACGAUCCUAACUCUCCGCAGUACAUGAAUCUGAGCAGCGCAGUAGAGAGUAACAUGCUACAACUUAUACGGACCGCGCUGCCCGACUGUAUGGCGACAAAAGUAUCCGCCUUCCGGGAAGGCUCCGUUAUCGCUGACGUUUUGGCGACAUUCCCGAAUAACAACCACACGGAGGAGGAGGUCCAGAGCGCGUUCGAUCGGGCCGUCAUUAAUAAUUUCAGCAUGUUGGGAGACAUUAAGGUCCUAUUUACGGGCACAACCACUACUACAGGUUCUACCGUUAAAGUGACGAUGGCGCGCAAAUCUACACGUCUAGCCACAACUACUAGUGCAGCGUCAACAACGGGACUAUACACAACCGAUUACCACGUGUAUGUUAUAAUGAACCUGACGUAUACUCCAGAGCUGGACGAUCGGAAUUCUCCGCAGUACCUGAAUCUAAGCAGCGCAGUAGAGAGUCACAUGCUACAAUUUAUACGAACCGCGCUGCCCGACUGUAUGGCGACAAAAGUAUCCGCCCUCCGGGAAGGCACUGUCAUCGCUGACGUUUUGGCGACAUUCCCAAAUAAUAACCACACGGAGGAGGAGGUCCAGAGCGUGUUCGAUCAGGCCGUCAUUAGGAAUUCCAGCAUGUUGGGAAACAUUAUGGUCUUAUUUAUUAACACAACCAACACUACGGGCCCAACUACAACCCCAAGUAAUACACCUGGACGCAAAGCUUCAAGACCAUACCCAUGUUGUCCACCCACCAAAGCCAGAAUGAGUUCAAGACCAAUAACAAGCGCACCUGAACCCAGCAUAACAACUACUCCCAAUACAGCAAGUUCCUGGAGCGGAUCCAGUACAACGACUCAACCCAACCCAUCUGGUCAACCAGGCACAAAUGGUGGAACAGCUCAACCCAACCCAUCUGGUCAACCAGGCACAAAUGGUGGAACAGCUCAACCAGGCACAAAUGGUGGAACAGAUCAACCUAACCCAUCUGGUCAACCAGGCACAAAUGGUGGGACAGCUCAACCCAACCCAUCUGGUCAACAAAGCACAAAUGGUGGAACAGCUCAACCCAACCCAUCUGGUCAACCAGGCACAAAUGGUGGAACAGCUCAACCCAACCCAUCUGGUCAACCAGGCACAAAUGGUGGAACAGCUCAACCCAACCCAUCUGGUCAACCAGGCACAAAUGGUGGAACAGCUCAACCCAACCCAACUGGUCCACAAGGUACAAAAGAUCCAUCACUGACUGGUGUGAGUACAGAGGUUCUUCCAUCAACCACAGCAAGAACACCCGGAUCAUUUCCAGCCGGACAAAUCUUCACUCUUCCUCUUGAGUUCCGCGUUCUGAAUUUGAACAUAAGCGAUAACAUGACAAGCAUUAAUGCAUAUGUUGAAGAACAGCUCGCUCAAGUUUUUAAAUCCAAUCCUAACUUCAUAUCGGCAAAGAUUGACAUCAGGGAUGGGUCGGUGUACAUCACUGACAUCCUGUUCUCACCAGACGCUCCGUCCAACCAGAUGCUUGUGGAUCUUUUUUAUGACUACUUGAAGGAUCACGACAUGUAUCUGGGCACCUUGAAGAUAGACCCAAAUAGUAUUCGGUCUGGAGAUGCCGUUCCAAGUGACCUCGCGCCAACUCCAAUUACAGGGACGAAUUCCGGAGCUUCAGCUGCAGUUACAGGUUCUGUAGCCACAAAUGGCGGAACAGCUCAACCCAACCCAACUGGUCCACAAGGUACAAAAGAUCCAUCACUGACUGGUGUGAGUAUAGAGGUUCUUCCAUCAACCACAGCAAGAACACCCGGAUCAUUUCCAGCCGGACAAAUCUUCACUCUUCCUCUUGAGUUCCGAGUUCUGAAUUUGAACAUAAGCGAUAACAUGACAAGCAUUAAUGCAUAUGUUGAAGAACAGCUCGCUCAAGUUUUUAAAUCCAAUCCCAACUUCAUAUCGGCAAAGAUUGACAUCAGGGAUGGGUCGGUGUACAUCACUGACAUCCUGUUCUCACCAGACGCUCCGUCCAACCAGAUGCUUGUGGAUCUUUUUUAUGACUACUUGAAGGAUCACGACAUGUAUCUGGGCACCUUGAAGAUAGACCCAAAUAGUAUUCGGUCUGGAGAUGCCGUUCCAAGUGACCUCGCGCCAACUCCAAUUACAGGGACGAAUUCCGGAGCUUCAGCUGCAGUUACAGGUUCUGUAGCCACAAAUGGCGGAACAGCUCAACCCAACCCAACUGGUCCACAAGGUACAAAAGAUCCAUCACUGACUGGUGUGAGUACAGAGGUUCUUCCAUCAACCACAGCAAGAACACCCGGAUCAUUUCCAGCCGGACAAAUCUUCACUCUUCCUCUUGAGUUCCGAGUUCUGAAUUUGAACAUAAGCGAUAACAUGACAAGCAUUAAUGCAUAUGUUGAAGAACAGCUCGCUCAAGUUUUUAAAUCAAAUCCCAACUUCAUAUCGGCAAAGAUUGACAUCAGGGAUGGGUCGGUGUACAUCACUGACAUCCUGUUCUCACCAGACGCUCCGUCCAACCAGAUGCUUGUGGAUCUUUUUUAUGACUACUUGAAGGAUCACGACAUGUAUCUGGGCACCUUAAAGAUAGACCCAAAUAGUAUUCGGUCUGGAGAUGCCGUUCCAAGUGACCUCGCGCCAACUCCAAGUACAGGAUCGAAUUCUGGAGCUUCAGCUGCGGUUACAGGUUCUGUAGCCACAAAUGGCGGAACAGCUCAACCCAACCCAACUGGUCCACAAGGUACAAAAGAUCCAUCACUGACUGGUGUGAGUAUAGAGGUUCUUCCAUCAACCACAGCAAGAACACCCGGAUCAUUUCCAGCCGGACAAAUCUUCACUCUUCCUCUUGAGUUCCGAGUUCUGAAUUUGAACAUAAGCGAUAACAUGACAAGCAUUAAUGCAUAUGUUGAAGAACAGGCAAGUAUCAAAAGACUCCAACUCCACGACCAUUCUGGUCAAUCAUUAUAUAAGGGAUUUUCUUCCUAUGUAUUUCUCUAA